AUGGCAGCAGGCCACAGACUACAUGGAAAUGCUCUGCUGGACAACACUGGAAAGAUGGUGGUAAAAAAGAAUUCCCUUUUUGCCAUCCUCAACUGCCACAAAAUGGGCUUCCCAUUAACCUACGUUCAGUCAGAUUUUGUGCAAGUUUUCCUCUACCCACACUCUAGCUGUCUUCCUUUCUUCAUUGCCCUCAGCACAAGGGCCUAUUCCCUCUGCCUCCUGCUCUUGAGGAACCUGGCUGUUCCUCUAGUGGAGGACAGUCUUCUGCAGCGACAACCCCUGGAUGAUGCUCACUGUACAGGUUUUCUUCAUCUGGGGAAUCCUCCAGUCUGUGGGCUUCGAUACAACAUAUCAAGAGCAUCAUCGAGACUAUCAUCAAGAAUAACAGGAGGAACUGCUACUUUUGAUUCUGGAGAAUGGCCUUGGCAGGCCAGUCUUCGGCGGAAUAACAUCCAUCGUUGUGGUGCAACAUUAAUCAGUAACACAUGGCUUGUGUCUGCAGCUCAUUGCUUCAGAGAGGCAAAAAAUCCAAAUAAGUGGACGGUAUCCUUUGGAACUUAUUUGAGCCCUCCUCUAAUUGUACGGCUUGUCAAGAGCAUUAUAGUUCAUGAAAAGUACGAGUAUCCAGCCCAUGAAUAUGACAUUGCUGUUGUGCAGCUGGCUAAAGGUGUGGAGUUUACGAGUGCUGUUCAUCGGGUUUGCCUUCCAAACUCAAAUGAUAUUAUUCCAUAUAAUAUAGAUGCUGUUAUUACAGGAUGGGGAGCACUUAGUAAUGAUGGUGAAACCCCGAAUGUUCUUCAGGAAGCAACAGUAAAGCUCAUAGACUCCUAUACUUGCAAUAGAAGAGAAGUGUACAACGGGGCCAUAGCACCUGGAAUGCUGUGUGCUGGGUACCUGGAAGGAGGAGUAGAUUCCUGCCAGGGUGACUCUGGAGGCCCAUUGGUUACACCUGAUACAAGAAGCAUGUGGUAUCUUGUUGGCAUUGUGAGCUGGGGGGAUGAGUGUGCUAAACCAAAUAAGCCAGGAGUCUACACAAGAGUGACUUACUUUCGGGACUGGAUUACUAAGUAUACUGGGCUCUAAUGCAAAGGUUGCAUGUGUUUUAUGCUACAAAUAUAGUAUGCAGGUCAUACUUGUUUGUAACUUUCACAAAAGUAUAAUGUAUUCAUUUGAAAGUAUCUACCUUAUAUUUACAAAAUAUAAAUCUCUAGAGAAUCAGCAAAUUAUCAUUCCUGUAGCUAAAAGAAAACAGAAAACAGCAGCCUUUUACUGCAGAGAAAUACAGAUAAGGCUGUUAGCCAUAAUGUUAUUGUGCAGUACCAUUACUGAAUUUCUAUAUCCAUAAAUGUGUAAACAAUUGCUUUUCCUGCAGCAAUUACACUACUAUAUUAUGAACAUUACAGUAAGAACUUUGGACACUUCCAGUCAGCAGUGACAGGAAAUUACAUUUUUUCCAGAAUUCUGAUAAUUUCUUGCUGGCAUUCUAAGCACAGCCAUAUCUGCAACAUCUUUUCUUGAAGAUAAAAUUCUGUUUGUAUUCUCUGUCUUUCAGCUCCUGCGCACCUUCAUCACUAUUCAAACUGAAACUUGAGGUGGGGGGUGUGGAUUAAGAGAGAGGGAUCAAUGUAAAGGCAUAAGAAAAACAUUAAAAAGAAGUUAAGGGUUAUGCACACACACUCUUAGUAGACUUAGUAUGAAAAUCACAAAAUUUGCAAAUCUCACUUCUUGUCUUUGCCAUAAAAUUACAACAUGCAUGCCAAAUCAAAUAUACUUGCCUCUUCCCCCAUAGUUUCAGGUGUACUGUGCACAGUUUUUGGUCACUUUUGGAUAAUUUUUCUUGAUUAUAUCAUGUAUGUCAACAAUCAGCACUGUACAUAGUUGGCUUCAGCUACAAUCUUGUAGAUCUGGUCUUUUCAAUGUUAAAUUCUGGACAGGAAUAGAUACAUUUAUACUGAAAGUACCGAACAUGCUUUCAAAAUUGUCCUGCUAUUCUAAAAGUCUUAUAUUGGUCCUCACCCUAAAAUUCUCAGUGCUAUGGGCAAAAACUGGAUGGAGCAAUAUUGUUGGCAUCAGCUGAGUUGGAGGGAAUGAAUGCUUGUUUUCUUUGCUCUAGGGCAGGGGUCCUCAAACUACAGCCCGUGGAGUCAUUUACCCAGCCUGCCUCAGAGCUCUUGGACUCAUUCAGAGAAAAUGAUCUCUGAACAAGUCCAAAAGCUCUAAGCCAGUGCAGGUGUACUCUGAAACUCUUUCAGUUUUGGAGACUAGCAGAGAGCUGGUGCAUGCACCAAAUUGUAAUAGCUCCCUUCAACUGCAUGUGCGCCAGCGCUCUCUGCUAGCACUGGCUAGCUCCUGCUGCCCCGCUGAUCUUGCCAGCAUGAAUUGUGCACCUGCCAGCUCUUCCCCCUAUUGCAUGCAUGCGUUGGCUCCGAAUACAGAGCGGGAAUACGGAACGGGAAUACAUAAGAGAGGAGGACGGUGGGA